AUGAUUAGAAAAUCAAAUAAUUUUUCAAUUUUGUUUGCAAUAUUUUUAAAAAUUGUUUUUGUGGUUUCAGCGCCGCUAUGCCCAAAUUCAACGAUUUUAUUAAAUUACAACAUCCUAACGGUUUAUAAUUCAUCAGAAGGAUGUGGUUUUAAUAACGAGCCGAUAUGCACAUCACUCAAAGAUGCUGUUAGCAGAGCAUUUUUAUUAAUAUCAAAUAAUAGUCGUGUUUGUAUUGGUAUCAUUGGUAAUAUAAAUGUAACAUCAGAACAAAUUACAUUGGGUAAUUAUUGUGGUGCCUUGUGGAUCACUUCAGAAAAUAUCAAUAAUGAAAAUAAUAAUUAUACAAUAAUCGAUGGAUCAAGCUCAACCCAACCAUUUCUGACAUAUGAACCAGAAGAGGAAAAUAAUCAAACUCAAUCAUGUUCAAGAUGGUUCUUCUUUCAAUAUAUAAAUUUUACAAAUUGGGAUAGACCAAUUGUCUCUGUGACCAAUCAAAUUUCAGAUAAUUCCGAGAAACAAUCAAGUUUCAUAUAUUUCGAAAGUUGUAAUAUAAUUUCACCAAGAAGUAUUGCUUUUAUUUAUAACUAUCAAUCUUUGAGGAUAGGCUUUACUUAUACAAAAGUGUUCAACCUAAAACCGCCCACCAUUUUAGCUCCAAAUUCCUUGACCGAUUUUAUAUCACCAAUUUAUGUGAUGGGUGGUUCAAUUACUUUCAAUUUAAGUUUAUUUGAUAGUGUAUUAGAAGCAAUUCCAUUUAUAUACAUCGAAAAAGGAUCAUUUGUAUAUUCUGCUGAAUCAACGAUAGAAAAUUGUAAUUUCUUCGAGAAUCCAUUCAUGUUUCUCAUUAAUUCAAGCUUGGAUUUUAUUGGUCACUCUAAUUUCUCCAACACUAUAAUGAGUACAUUUCUCUUUAUCUCACAGUUCCCACAAACCACUGAAAGAGAUCUAUUUAGUCGUAUAUACUUCAAAAAUGUAUCAAGUCCACUCAAUUAUCAAAGAAAGAGUUAUUUAGGAUACCAAUUAGAGAAUUCAUCAAUAACAAUGAAGAAUUCCAGUGGCAAAACAUUUGGUAUAAAAAAUUAUUUGGUCAACAGACUCAAUCCAAAUGUCUCUGUACACUGUCUAUUUUUUGCAGAAGAAAGUUCUUUAAAAAUAACAUAUAGUAGUUUAUUUCCAAUCCAAGUGGAUCAUAUACUUAUCAUUAUCAAUAGUUCAGUCAGUUUACAAGAUGCUGUAGGUGGACAAUCAAAUAUGUUUCCAGUGAUUGGAAAUAAUUCAGAUGUGAAUUUAUCAGAAAAAAGCACUAAAUUAAAUAACAUUUAUUGUGGUUGUGAAGAAUGUAAAUAUUUUCUUAUAUAUGGUUAUCAAUUUAUUCCCAUCGUUAACCACACUUGCAUUGAUCCGACACCAACACCAACACCUACACCAACAACAACAAUAACCUCAACCUCAACAACAUCAACUACAUUGGCUUCAACAACAUCAACCACAGCUACUCCAACAACAUCAACUACAUCAGCUGGAACAACAUCAACUACAUCAGCUGCAACAAGCUCAACUACAUUAUCAUCAUCAUUAUCAUCAUCAACAACAACAACAACAAGUCCAAUUGAUAGUAAGACUAGGAAUAUUAUUAUUGUUACGGUUAUUUUGGGCACUGCGUCUAUAGCAUCUCUCAUAAUAUUCUCAUUAAUCUAUAAAAUGUAUAAAAAUAGGAGAUUCAUAUCACAUACCUCAUCCACUGAAAAACCGAGCUUUGAUAGUAACCUAUAUGCUGUGGCUGAAGAAGAUGAGAAAGCAGUAUCUCCAACUAUUGAUCUCACAUUGGUAGCCUAUGAACAUCAAUUUGAAGAUUAUGCUGAAUAUGACUAA